UAACAACCGCGAAUACAAAACCAGAAAAAAGCAAAACACAUUUUCAUUUCUCAUUUUUAUUUUCCAGUAUCCAUCAAUAAUUCCCUUUCCCCCCUUUCUCUUUCUCCUCUCCUUUCUUUCCAUCUACCCCCAUAAUUUCCUCCCCCCUCAAUCUCCUCCUCCAUCACUCCCCUCAUGCCUCCUCCAUAACAACUCCACUCUUUCUCUCUCCUCUAACCACCGUACUUUCUCUUUCCUCAAAACCGCCAUUAUCCGCCAUGAAAGAAGCUUCCCCAGAAUCCGACGACCUCCUCCUCCUCUCAACCCACCUUCUCACCUCUCUCCUCUCAACCCACCUCCCUCUCAUCCACCACUUCAAACCCAAAUGGUCUCUCAUCAAAUCCAAACUCCUCUCUCUCCAAUCCCACCUCGCCGACUUCUCCGACUCCCACUCCCACUCUCUCUCCUCCAAUUCCCUCUCCCUCUCCGUCCUCUCCUCCCUCUCCUCCGCCUUAAACGACGCCGUUUCCCUCGCCGGAAAAUGCUCCGAUCCCUCCUCUCUUCCCGCCGGAAAACUCCGUACUCAGAGUGACAUCGACUCUUUGUCCUCCACACUCGAUGGGAUUAACAAAGACUGUGAGAUCUUGCUUCGAAGUGGGGUUCUCACCCAAGACGCCGUCGUUUCGAGUUCUCAACAACUUCAAGGAAGGGAGGCUGUUCGAGCAGAGGUCAGAAACUUGUUGACUCGUCUUCAGAUCGGAAGCUCUGUAUCAAAGAACUCAGCAAUGGAUUCGUUGUUAGCGUUGUUGAAUGAAGAUGAUAAGAAUGUCUUGAUUGGGGUUGCUCAAGGGAUUGUCCCAGUUCUUGUGAGGUCACUCGAUACGACGUCGUUUGAGAUGAGGGAGAAAAUUGUGGCGGCGAUUGCUAGGGUUUCAACGAUUGAGAGUAGUAAACAUGUUCUAAUUGCUGAGGGUUUAUCGUUGUUGAAUCAAUUGAUUAGGGUAAUUGAGUCUGGAAGUGGGUUUGCGAAAGAGAAAGCUUGUGUUGCUCUUCAGGCGUUGAGUUUUAGCAAGGAGAAUGCGAGGGCGAUUGGUUCUAGAGGUGGGAUUUCGUCGUUGCUAGAGAUUUGUCACUGCGGAACGCCGAGUUCGCAAGCAAUGGCGGCCGGGGUGUUAAGAAAUUUAGCUCAAUUUGAGGAGAUUAAGGAGAAUUUUGUCGAGGAGAAUUCGAUUCCGGUGUUGAUCGCGCUAUCGGCUGCUGGGACGAGCUUAGCUAGGGAGAAUUCGAUCGGGUGUUUGUCGAAUUUGGUGUGUAAUGAUGAGACAUUGAAGGUGUUGGUUGCAAGAGAAGGUGGGGUUGAGAGUUUGAAGAAUUACUGGGAUUCGACUCCGAUUGGGAGGGGAUUAGAGCCUGCUGUUGAGUUGUUAAGGAACUUAGCAUCGUAUCAUCCGAUUGGGGAGGUGUUGAUUUUCCAGGGGUUUCCAUUGAGGUUGUUGCCAUUGUUGAAUUGUGGGGUUUUGGCAGUGAGGAUUGCAGCUGCAGGAGCUGUUUUUGAGCUCGGGUUUUGCUCGAAAGCGAGGCGGGAGAUGGGGGAGAAUGGGUGUGUUUCUGCUCUAGUGAGGAUGUUGGAUGGGAAAGCGAUUGAGGAGAAAGAAGCGGCUGCAAAGGCGCUUUCAAGUCUCUUGAUGUGUACCGUUAACAGGAAGAUAUUCAGGAAGGAAGAGAGGGGGAUAGUAGGAACAGUUCAACUAUUGGAUCCAUUGACUAAGGUUUUAGAUAAGAAAUGGCCAAUUGCGGUAUUGACCACUUUGAUUCACUCUAAGAAGUGCAGGAAACAAAUGGUGGCUGCCGGAGCUUGUGUUUACUUGCAGAAGCUCGUUGAGCUCGAAAUCGAGGGAGCGAAGAAGCUGCUUGAUUGUCUUGGCCGGGGAAAACUAUGGGGCGUUUUCGCCAGGCCUUGAUGAUCAGAGUAAUUCAGAGAAAAUGAGUUCUUUUUCUUGUUUGUAUGUAUAAUUUUUUCUUUCUUUUUAGUUUGUUUUUCUUGUUAGUUUUCUGCCUUACCACUUGAUUUUUACUUACUAAUUCCUUGUUCAUAGUUUGUGUUUAGAAUUGGUGACAAGAGAGGCAAUUGUGAGUAGUAGCAUUAGUAUUAGUAAUAGGUGUUCUAAUUGUUUGAAUGACCAUCUUUGCUUGUAGCAUAUUAUCUUGGUUAGUAACACAUACCCGGAUUGAAAUUGUAUCUUUUCGACUUCUUAAUAAAGCGACAAUAUUGUUGUAUCUUCAUUUUGUGACCCGAAAAAUGUACUCUUAUUACACAAGUUUUUGU